UAAGCUGUUGUCAACACUAUUCAUUAACAAUAUAAUAUUAUAUAAUCUCGUAUCAUCUUGAGAUGGAUAAAACAAAGAGCGGAGAGACUCAUCCACAUCGCAGUGAGUCAACUCAUCAAUGGAAUAAGCCUAUUUAAGCAAGUAGUAAGGGAGAGAAGCAGCAAGGGAACCAUUUAUUUUGGUGGCUUGAAGUUGCAAGGGAGGUAGCUGGGCUGAGGCUGAGGUUGCUGCUGAUCAUGACUAACAGAUUGAGAAGAUCCCUUAAGAUCAAUUCUCUUUCGUCAAGCAGAGACUGGGAUGAACCAUCUGCCGCCAAAACCAACCGCCUGGAGUGGCUCAACAUCGACAUUAAUGAGAAUUCUACUAUUUUAGAGGAGACUGGGAGGGCAAGAGGGCAAAAAUUGAUAUACGAAGGGUGGAUGGUAAGGUACGGAAGGCGAAAGAUCGGGAGUACAUAUAUUCACAUGAGGUACUUCACCCUGGAGCCCAGUUUCCUUUCUUAUUACAAGAGGAGACCGAAAGAUAAUGGGGUUCCAAUCAAGACCCUUUUGAUUGAUGGCAAUUGUAGGGUAGCGGAUAGAGGUUUGAAGACUCAUCAAGGACAUAUGAUUUACACUCUAUCUGUUUACAACAAGAAAGAAAAGAAUAAUGCAAUAACAUUGUCGGCAUUUAACAUCCAGGAAGCACUGAUCUGGAAGGAAAAAAUUGAAUCUGUAAUUGAUCAGUUUCUAUACACUGACUGGAAUGAUGAUGCAUAUAAGACUUAUUGCAUGAUUUGGUUGCAGCAUAACACUGUUAGUGACAAAUAUGCCUCAUACAAGUAUGGAUCUGGCAUGGAUAAUGGGGUGACUGCUAGUUCAUCAGAAAAUGGAAGCCAGUUUGGUGAACAUGAGGAUGAAGACAACACUCAUACAAAUUUGUUCUGGAGAAAAACAAUUGGAAAUGUUUCUCCUGAUUCAGUAGUGGACCGUACACCAGAAUGUGACUCAGAAUUGCCAAACCAGACUGCUAACAACCAAGCAUUCCCUAUAAAUCGUUGGCGUCUUCUAAAAUGCCAAAAUGGACUCCGCAUUUUUGAAGAGCUUACUGAAACUGAUUACCUUCUGAGGAGCUGCAGUCAAGCAAUGAAGGCUGUAGGUAUUGUUAAGGCUACAUGUGAAGAAAUAUUUGAACUUGUAAUGAGCAUGGAUGCAACACGGUUUGAGUGGGAUUCCACUUUCCAGCAUGGUUCUUUAGUUGAAGAGGUAGAUGGACACACAGCAAUACUCUAUCAUCGUCUUCAGCUGGACUGGUUUCCAAAGUUUGUGUGGCCCCGUGACCUUUGCUAUGUAAGGUAUUGGCGGCGAAAUGAUGAUGGAAGCUAUGUUGUGUUAUUUCGUUCUAGAGAGCAUGCAAACUGUGUUCCACAAUCAGGUUAUGUGCGUGCUCAUGUUGAGAGUGGAGGUUUCAAUAUUUCCCCUUUGAAACCUCGUAAUGGGAGACCUAGAACACAGGUGCAGCAUCUUAUGCAGAUUGAUCUAAAGGGAUGGGGUGUGGGUUACAUUCCAUCAUUUCAGCAGCAUUGUCUUCUUGAGAUGUUAAAUAAUAUCGCUGGACUACGUGCAUGGUGUGCCCAAAGAGAUGAAAGAGAUGCCCAUACAAGAAUCCCAGCCAUAGCCAUUAACACCUCAGGUUAUGUUUCACCCCAAAAAACUGCAAGUUCUGCACUGAUGGAUGAAUACUCCGAUGAGGAUGAAGAAUUUCAAAUAACCGAGGAAGAAGAAGAGAAUAACCCAACUCAGCAUAAGAACAAUUCAAAGAGAACAGUCUUGGAGGAACAACCAGUGGAUCAAAUUGAUUUAUCCUGUUUUUCUGGUAACUUAUGUCAUGAUGAUCAUGACAAUGCCCAUGACUGCUGGCAAAUAUCUGCUGGAGACAACUUCAGCGUUCGCAGCAAGCGUUUUUUUUAUGACAAAUCAAAGGUCCCUGCUGGAAAACAUUUGAUGGAUCUUGUUGCUGUGGAUUGGUUCAAGGACACGAAAAGAAUGGACCAUGUUUCUAGGCGUCGAGGUUCUGCAGCACAAGUUGCUUCUGAGAAAGGGCUUUUCUCUGUGGUUUUUAAUCUGCAAGUACCUGGUUCAACACACUACAGCAUGGUAUUUUACUUUGUGACGAAGGAAUUAGUACCUGGAUCUCUCUUGCAACGAUUUGUUGAUGGUGAUGAUGAAUUCCGAAACAGUAGGUUUAAGCUUCUUCCAUCAGUUCUCCAGGGUUCAUGGAUUAUGCGCCAAAGUGUAGGAAGCACUCCAUGUUUAUUGGGAAAAGCAGUUGAGUGCAACUACAUCCGUGGUCCCAAGUACCUGGAAGUCGAUGUUGAUAUUGGUUCUUCCGCUGUUGCUUCUGGAGUUCUGUGGCUUGUAAUGGGCACAAGUCCAACAUUGGUGGUUGACAUGGCUUUCCUAGUACAGGCAAAUACUACAGAAGAAUUGCCAGAGCAGUUGAUUGGUGCUGUCCGUGUUUCUCACGUUGAGCUUUCAUCAGCUAUGGUUCCCAGAUUGCAUCCAGAUUCUUCAUGAAUAGCAGAGAUCAUUCGCUAUUGAUUUUGACAAUAAAUCAUUUCUUCAGACUUAAAUAUGCAAGUGUUUUAUCACAAAAAGGAUAUAUAUAUAUAUGCAUGCAUGUGUUUCAUUCCAAUUUCAUGAAUUGUUUUGUAUUGAUCAAGAGUAGGCCAAAGUACAAAACUACUGAAUCAGAUGAUGGCAGGGGGAGAAGAUUUAUCAUCCACCAGCGUAGAAGGAUGAAAUUCCAAGAUAACAUUAUGACAUCAAAUCAUUGUAACAUGAGAUUAUGGUUCAAUAAAUUGAGUGGUAUUCAAGAAAAAGGCUGGUGGAGGUCAUGAAAAGGGAGAAGUGGUGGUUGCUUCCAAGUUUCUUGACAUAUGGUACCCACUGGAUGCGAGAGAAGCUCUUCUGGCUGCAUGUUUUGGUACAGGAAGCUGAUUCUUGAAAUGGAUUGCUGAUCAGCGGAAAAAGAAGUCCUUACUCUUUGAGAGUAAGAAAAAGAAAACAAUUAUGCACGCAUUUGCUCAUUUAUGAAUUUAUGGAAAUAUUCAUCUUUAGGCGAGCAUUAGUAGUUUUUUUUAGCCAAAUGGCCUAUUCAAUAAUCUUAUUUUUAAUGGUGAUUAA